GAUAAAACCAUAAUUUAAAAAAACACACCUAAAAUUGAAUGCGCUUAAUUAUUUUGCAAGAUUAUGAUAAGGUUAGUGAAUGGGCUGCCAAAUAUAUUAGAAAGAAAAUUAAACAGUUUAAUCCUAGUGAAAAGAAAUAUUUUACAUUAGGACUUCCAACAGGCAGUACUCCAUUAGGAACCUAUAAAAAGUUAAUUGAAUACUAUAAAGAUGGCACGAUUUCAUUUAAAUAUGUUAAAACAUUUAACAUGGACGAAUAUGUUGGCUUACCAAGGGACCAUCCAGAAAGUUAUCAUUCAUUUAUGUGGAACAAUUUCUUUAAGCAUGUUGAUAUACAACCUCAAAAUGUCUAUAUUCUUAAUGGUAAUGCUUCUAAUUUGGAAAUUGAAUGCAACAAAUUUGAAGAAGAUAUACAAGAGGCUGGUGGUAUAAGACUCUUUGUUGGAGGUAUCGGACCGGAUGGCCACAUCGCAUUUAACGAACCCGGUUCAAGUCUAUCCUCUCGAACUCGCGUUAAAACUCUAGCUAGGGAAACUAUCGAGGCCAAUGCCCGGUUUUUCGGUAAUGAUCUGACCAAGGUUCCUAUUAUGGCUUUGACGGUGGGAGUAGGAACUGUCAUGGAUGCCUAUGAAGUUAUGAUACUCAUAACGGGCUCCCAUAAAGCCUUAGCCCUUUAUAAGGCCAUAGAAGAAGGAGUAAACCAUAUGUGGACAGUAUCGGCUUUUCAAAUGCAUCCCAGAACCUUGUUUUUAUGCGACGAAAGUGCCACACUUGAACUCAAAGUCAAAACUGUCAAAUAUUUUGAAGGGCUCAUGCACAUGCACAACAAACUUGUCGAGGACUAAUAUAUCACAAGUCAUAUGCAUUUUAUUUAACGAAAAAAAAAUAUUUAAGCUUUAACACACUAAUAAAAUAUUUAAAGUUUUUAUAGAACCUUUUUUAAAUAUGUGCAUUUUAGAUAAGCUAUUGUAUUAGGGUUUUUAAGAUCAUUUCAUAAUUAUACGAAUAAAUUUUUAAACGAUUUUUUUUAGUAUGAAUUAUAUAUGGCAAAAUAUUCCUUGUUCAAAAAUGAUUUAUUUAUAUAUUCUUGUAAAAAGAGAUUGGUGAUUUGAACAUAUAUAGCAGAAAAAUGCAAAUUUUUUUACCAUGAAUUUUUUAUUGUAAUUAUUUUAUUUAUUAUAUAAAUUUUUUGAAAAUAUGUUUAUACGAUAAACCAAUUUUAUUUUGGUUAAUUUAUUUUUAGAUUUAUAUCGUCUUUAUAUUCCUUUUUGAAAAAAAAUUAUAUUAGAUCUUUUUAAAUCAAUAAACACAUUUUUAAAAUUUUA